CCAGGAAGCUAGAGAAUGAGCAAGACGGUGCUGUUCCAGAAAAUCCUCAGCUUCACGUCCACGCUGGCCAGCGAACAGGCAGCCUUUAUGAAGAGGCAGCAUGAGGACCUCUGCUUCCCUUCCAGCUUGGAAUCUCAUGCAGCGCAUCCCAUUGGUAGAGCCGAAUUCAUCCUGAGCCUGACUGAGACACCUGCAGAGGUGCCUGAAGACCUCUCCUUAGAGGAGAGAGAAGAACUUUUAGACAUUCGUCGAAGAAAAAAGGAACUUAUUGAUGACAUCGAGAGACUGAAAUAUGAGAUCGCGGAGGUGAUGACCGAGAUUGACAGCCUGACGUCUGCAGAGGAGAGCAAAACCACUCAGAGGAACAAGCAAAUAGCCAUGGGGAGGAAGAAGUUCAACAUGGAUCCCAAGAAGGGGAUCCAGUUUCUGAUAGAAAAUGACCUGCUGCAGAGCUCCGCGGAGGCCGUGGCCCAGUUCCUGUACAAGGGCGAGGGCCUGAACAAGACCGUCAUCGGGGACUACCUGGGGGAGAGGGAUGAAUUUAACAUUAAAGUGCUUCAGGCGUUCGUUGAGCUCCACGAGUUUGCGGAUCUCAACCUCGUACAGGCCUUGAGGCAGUUCCUGUGGAGCUUUAGGCUUCCCGGGGAGGCUCAGAAAAUCGACCGCAUGAUGGAGGCGUUCGCUGCCCGCUACUGCCUGUGCAACCCCGGCGUCUUCCAGUCCACAGACACGUGCUAUGUGCUGUCCUUCGCCAUUAUCAUGCUCAACACCAGCCUGCACAACCACAAUGUGCGCGACAAGCCCACGGCCGAGCGCUUCGUCACCAUGAACAGAGGCAUCAACGAGGGCGGGGACCUGCCCGAGGAGCUGCUGCGGAACCUGUACGAGAGCAUCAGGAACGAGCCGUUCAAGAUCCCAGAGGACGACGGCAACGACCUGACGCACACGUUCUUCAACCCCGACCGCGAGGGCUGGCUCCUGAAGCUGGGGGGCCGAGUGAAGACCUGGAAGCGCCGGUGGUUCAUCCUGACCGACAACUGUCUCUACUACUUCGAGUACACGACGGAUAAGGAGCCCAGGGGAAUCAUCCCACUGGAGAACCUCAGCAUCAGGGAGGUGGAGGACCCACGGAAGCCCAACUGCUUCGAGCUUUAUAACCCCAGCCACAAAGGGCAGGUCAUCAAAGCCUGCAAGACGGAGGCCGACGGCCGGGUGGUGGAGGGCAACCACGUGGUGUACCGGAUCUCCGCGCCCAGCCCCGAGGAGAAGGACGAGUGGGUGAAGUCCAUCCGAGCGAGCAUCAGUAGAGAUCCUUUCUACGACAUGCUGGCCACGAGGAAGAGGAGGAUCGCCAAUAAAAAAUAGAGCUUUCCCGGCCUGAACAGGUAAAAGUAAAACCAAACCCCACAGCAGAAAGUGACUGAGAGGCGCCCCCAUGACACCCUGGACCCCAGGAGGCAGUGUCCUGUGCGAGCCCAGGGUUCUCCGGUGCCUCUGUGCGCCGGGUAUGGUGAGCGACACCGAGCACCCCCUCCUGCCGACCCUCCCGGCCCGCAGCAGCGACGUCCACCAGCGUCCUCCCAGGGCUGCCUGGGAGCUUCGCCACGACAGCCCGUGCCGCACGCGGCCCGGGUCGGCCACAGAGCCCCGCUCAUGCCACACGUGCUCCGUGGCGGUGUUCACUUCUAGAAGCCACCAUUUCAUAUCAAAACAGGAGAGAAAAACUACAAUUUUUCAUUUAGCUUUUUUCUCAAACAUAUAGUAUAGCUUUUAUAUGCCUUUUUAUAUUCCGAAGUUAUAACGAAAGAUACUUUAAUAGUGGUAUUUUUAGACUGGCAGCUAUAAAUUUAACUCCUGGACACAAGUACAUCCUGUGUCCUAUACAAGGCCACGUACACAUGCAUGUGUGCGGCGGGCUGCAGGGGCCUUGCGUGGCGCCUGUGCAGGACCUGCCUGUAGUGCUGGCCUGUUCCGAGCGCCGCUAGUCUGUGGGGUGCCCUCACCCCUCCCGAUGGAGAGAGGUGGCCCAUAUCCCUGAGGACAGCGAGCCCUGGGCAGGGCUCCACAUGUCCGGGUCCCCUGGGACCUCUCUCCAGCUCAGACUUGGCAGCCCCACAGAUACUUUCUGAAAACGCUGCUCAGUAAAACGUAAAGCAUGGUUUGGGGGCGUUUGUCCUGUACCUGCAGGAUCCAGCACAGUCCGUGCGACCCCACACGCAGCAGUUUCACGUGGUUCAAUGGAACACGUGGUUCAGACCCGUUUUUGACCAUCGUCUUCACUAUUUGAAGCAUUGUGGCAAAGUGCCUUUAUCACUGACCUGAUCAUUUGACCAGAUUCCUUAAUAGAAUGAGUAGACACGUCAGCGAUCUCAUUCCGCGUUGUCAGAGAUUUCAGCUCCCGGGAGGCGGGGAGGAAGCUGUGGGAGGGAGGCGCCUGGCACUUUGGGUUUUCUGUGAGCAGUGUCAAGCCCCAGCUCCACACGGGUGGUGGCGGAGGCCCGCGGCCAGGUCGCCGUAGACUUGACAGGUGCUCAGCAGUGCGUUUGCUGAAGGACGUCUGGGCCCCACACGUGUGCGAGGGGGUGACAGAGGCCGUGUGCCAGGACGCGACGCCUGUGGCUGGCACUUC